AUCUAUAUGAGCAUGCCAAAACCGCCUUUGUUUCACUCACAUGGUACACGAGCAUCCAUUCAAAACCAACUCUUUACUAGACCUGUAUAUAUCUGUUUCUAUAUCUAUAUCCAUACACCAUUAUUCCCAUCAUCCCCACAAACAAUUUAAGACAUGGGAGACAAAUCUCGGUUAUUAGAAGAAGAUAAAGGCAUUUUAGAGAGUGUGUUGGGUCGUGAAGCCUGCAACUUUUUGAUGUGGUCAGCUUCAAAUAAGGUUCCUGACGAGUUUAGAUCAAAAGUUGGCGACUUAGGGGUCAAAGAGAGUCUUCAUAAAAUUCUCGAGGGCUCUGACUGGAAUUAUGCCAUUUUCUGGCAAGUUUCAAAUACAAAAUCAGGUAAGUCGGCUUUGAUUUGGGGCGAUGGUCAUUAUAAAGAGUCGAGGGAUAGUGAAGUAGUUAAUAAACAAGAAGAAAAUAUAAGGAAAAAGAGGGUUCUUCAUAGGCUGCAUUCGUGUUUUAAGGGACCCGGGGAAGGAAAUCUUGCAUCAAAGAUGGAUCUAAUUUCUGAUUUGGAGAUGUUAUAUUUGACAUCGAUGUAUUAUCUCUUUCCAUUUGAUAAGCCUUCUAGUCCGUCUCAAUCGUUUAAUACAAGUCGAUCCAUAUGGGCUUCUGAUGUCAAAAGUUGUGAAGAACAUUACCAAUCCAGAUCAUUUUUAGCAAAAUUGGCCCGGUUUCAGACACUUGUUUUUGUUCCAGUUAAAAGAGGAGUCUUGGAGGUUGCUUCUUUUAAGCCACUCACUGAAGACCAAAAUUUUAUGACAAUGAUAAAGACUUUGCUUAACGGUUGCCACCCAAAAGGCUUACCAAAAAUCUUCGGACAGGAAUUAAGUCUCGGCACUGGUGGCGGCGGUGGCGGUGUAAAAUCUGGUCCAAUUAGUAUUAGCUUUUCCCCAAAAGUCGAAGAGGAUAUGGAUUUUGGAGGUGAUUCUUAUGAAAUGGGCCAUGUUUUUGGUGGGAAUUCAUCAAAUGGGCAUAGGGUAGAUGAUAAUAACGGGAGGUUAUUUCCUCAAAUGAACCAUGGAGUACUGAAUUCACAAGCAAUAGUGUCAGCUCUUGAUCAAUCUAACCAAGAUGAUAGAAAGCCUAGAAAACGAGGUAGAAAGCCAGCAAACGGAAGAGAAGAACCGUUGAACCACGUGGAAGCCGAAAGACAAAGGCGUGAGAAGUUGAACCAACGGUUCUACGCAUUACGAGCCGUGGUCCCAAAUAUUUCAAAAAUGGAUAAAGCGUCUCUUCUUGGUGAUGCGAUUUCUUACAUAACCGACCUUCAGUCAAAAAUUAGAAUGUUGGAAGCCGAAAAAGAGGUUAAUAGUACACCUGAGGUUGAUUUUAUGGCUAGACAAGAUGAUGCAGUUGUAAGAGCUAGCUGCCCGUUGGAUGAUCAUCCUGUUGCACGGGUCAUAAAAACGUUUAGGGAACAUGAGUUGGUAAUUCAAGACACAAAUGUUUCAACUACAGAAGAUGGGAAAGUGUUACAUACAUUUUCGUUUCAGGCUGCUGGUGGUGGGGCUGCAGAACAACUAAAGGAGAGGCUGGAUUCAGCUUUUUUGGAUUAAUGCAGAUGCUAAACUUGUAAGAUAACAUCUUACUAGAUCUUGACAUGGGAUUUAUUUUUGUUUUUUGUUCUAUAAAUAAACUACAGCCAUCUUAGUUCUUAGUAGUUCUGUAGAUCAAUGUGUUAUUUCUUGUAGAAAUUUAUUAUAGAAGUUAAUCGGGUUGUAGCCAUUUUUUAAGAACCGAUAUGUUGAACUUAGGGAAGAAUUUUAUACUAAUGUUCAUGCUGAUUUGGUA